AUGCUUGCUAAGGCUAUUGCAAAUCGGCUCCGAAGAAUAAUUAAGAGAUGUAUUGAUGUAGCUCAAAGCGCUUUUGUACCAAGAAGGUUAAUAUCGGAUAAUAUUCUGCUGGCCUAUGAAAUUAUUCAUACACUGAAUUUAAAGAAACUGGGGAAAAAGGGUUUUAUAGUAGUGAAGCUUGACAUGAGCAAGGCAUAUGACAGAGUUGAAUGGAAUUUCAUAAAAGACAUAAUGGUUCGAAUGGGUUUUGCUAGAAGGUGGAUUGAUAUCAUUAUGAAGUGCUUAGCUUCUGUUUCCUACUCAGUCGUGGUCAAUGGGCAUCUUGCAGCUGAAGAAGGAGCAUUGAGAAGAGUGAAAGCUAGCCGAAGUGGAUCGCAGAUUUCUCAUCUACUUUUUGCAGAUGAUUGUAUCUUAUUCAGCGAGGUGACUAGUAGAGGGGCUACCAUACUGAAAUAA